AUGAGCCAUUACUCAGCAUUUAUUCGUCCAUAUCAUGGGAAGACCACGAAUUCAACUAGCAAUACUGCAUCAUCAAAUAAUGAAAAUGAUGAAAAUUCAACAAUACAAAAUCUCAUAUUUAAACAUAUAUCAAAAGCGCAACAACCAACAAUAAAUCCGAACGGUAAAAAAGGAACAAUGCGUGGAAUUCUUGGCGAAGUUAGUAACAUGACAUUAUCUAAUAAAACAAUGAUGUCGAAGUCGAAAGUCAUUCAACAACAAAAUUAUGUAGGAACAAUUCUUGAACCACAAUCAACUAACAGUAUAUUACCGCCUCCGCUACCAUCAUCAUCAUCAACAACAACAAGUGUUGUUAGUCAGACAGAAGACUUUAUUUGUGAUGAUUAUUUGGAAUUUUCAACAGAACUACCAGCUGAGUUCGAUUGUGAUAGUGGCGAUCUAAAUAAUAUAACAACGGCUUCGGAAUUUGUUGUUGAUAUUUGUAAAUAUUGGAAAGAACUAGAACAACGCACACCUAUUCGACAGAAUUUUUUACUUCAUCGUCGUGAAGGUACAGCUUCGCCUCAAAAUCGAGCUAUACUUAUUGAUUGGCUUUAUCAAGUACAUGAUCGUUUUAAACUUCUUUCGGAUACAUUUCAUAUGGCAAUUCAUGUUAUUGAUCGUUAUUUACAAAUAGUUGAUGUUUCUAAACAUGAAUUACAACUUAUUGGAUCCACCGCUUUACUAUUAGCAUGUAAAUAUGAAGAAAUGGCUAUACCUGGUAUGAACGAUUUUGUUUAUGUGUCCGAUAAUGCAUAUUCAAAAGAGGAUAUGAAAGAAAUGGAACGACGCAUAAUAUCAACAUUAUCAUUUGAUCUUGGUCGUCCGUUAUCAUUAAAUUAUCUUCGUCGAUGUUCGAAAAUAAUUCAAGCAACUGAUAUAGAACAUACAUUAGGAAAAUAUCUUCUUGAUUUAACAUUUACUGAUCAUUCAUUUUCACACUUACUUCCAUCCUACUUAUCAGCAUGUGCUUCAUUUCUUUCACGUUAUUUACUUGCGUAUAAACGUAUAACAUCUUUAACUUCCAUUUCAUUAGUUAUUGAAAAUUUAUGGCCAAAACUCUUUAUGCUUUAUCAUACUGGCUAUUCCUAUGAACAACUACAUCAAGGUAUUGAACAAUUAGGACAAUUACUUGUUGGCCAAGAUACAACAAAACUAAAAAGUGUACAAAAGAAAUUUUCUCAAAGUAAUAUGUUUUCCAUAGCACAGCAUAGUUGUUGUAAAAGUGCUUAUGUUCAAAUAGCACUAUCACAUUUGUCAACAUAA